AAACUUGAAAUUUGUGUGAAUGAUAUUUAUCUGGUAUCUGCACUGAAAAAGUUGAUAGUUCCUUGUGCAUUGAGAGAUGGUAAGGUUCAUUUGACGUAUGAGUUUGCAACCCAUCUGACUAUUCCUUUCCUUUUUGGAUUUGUUCAUCUUUCAUUCUUUUAAUUGCAUAUUUAUCUCUGUUCUCAUGAAGCGGUUUAGAUAGAAUGGGCAUAAAUCAUCAGAAGUCUAUUUGAUCUCUCUUGCAGGAGUCUGAGUUAGAUAACAUCCAAGCACAUCAGAACUUGCAGUGGUUUUUUUACUUUGAGCAGGUGGAGAAUAUGGAUGCUGUUUUUCAAACAGGAGAGAACAAUAAUACUAGGAGAAGUUCAAGCCCCAUUAAAAGUAUAGCACAAGACCAUGAACUUCGCAUGGAACAUGUACAAACUGAAAGUACACCACAAGAAAACCAUCAACUUGGCCCUGAACAUAGACAAAGUGAUAAUACACCACAAGAAAACAAUCAAUUUGACUCGGAACAUAUACAAAAUGAAAAUACAACACAAGAAAACUAUCAACCUGCCUCCGAACAUGUACAAAGUGAGUGUGCACCACAAGAAAGUGAUCAACUUGGCUGCAAACAUGUACAAAGUGGAGAAACUAUGUUGGGUCAAGGAGCUGAUUCUACUGAUAUCAAGCCAGUGGAACAUCUAGCUAGGGAUGCAGCAAAGAGUUGUCCUAGUUCUUCACGCAAGAAAACUAAGGUCCUCCUUGAGUCACGGAAAAGAACAUAUAUGUUAAGAUCCUCAGUUGGUAGUGCUAGAGUUCUUCGAUCUAGGUCCUGUGGAACCUCUAAAGCUCCUGUUCAUCCUGUUGCAGCUGAUAGGUCAGUGAAUGUUACUGCCAAGAGGAAGGAAAAGAGAAAGAAGAAAUUAACAAGCAGAAAAUUGAAUGACGAAUUCUCAAGAACUAGGAAACGCUUAAGAUACUUUUUGCAUCGAAUGAGCUUUGAGCAAAGCCUGAUUGAUGCUUAUUCUGGUGAAGGUUGGAAAGGACAAAGUUUAGAAAAAAUUAAGCCAGAGAAGGAACUUCAGCGUGCCACAACAGAAAUUUUUAGUUGCAAACAGAAAAUACGCAGUUUGUUUCAACAUAUUGAUUCUUCAUGUGCUGAAGGAAAGCUCCAGGAAUCUUUAUUUGAUUCCGAUGGACAAAUCUCCUAUGAGGAUAUAUCUUGUGCCAAAUGCGGGUCCAAAGACUUGACUACCGAUAACGAUAUUAUACUUUGUGAUGGAAUGUGUGACCGUGGGUUUCAUCAGAUGUGUUUGGAACCCCCAUUGUUAAAAGAAGAAAUUCCUCCUGGAGAUGAGGGCUGGUUGUGCCCUGGAUGUGAUUGCAAAGUAGAUUGCAUUGACUUGCUUAAUGACUCUCAAGGAAUGGAUCUCUCUAUUGAUGAUCACUGGGAGAAGGUUUUUCCUGAGGCAGCUGCUACCGUAGCUAAAGAUAAGCAAAAUGAUGACUUAGGGUUGCCAUCAGAUGACUCUGAAGAUGAUGACUAUGACCCUGAUGGUCCACAGGAUGAUGCGAAAGUCCAGUCAGAAGACUCAAGUUCUGAAGAAUCUGACUUCUCUUCUGCAUCUGAGGACUCUACUUUAGCCAAUGAUGACCUUUACAUGGGACUUCCUUCUGAUGAUUCAGAAGAUGAUGAUUAUGAUCCUAAUGGUCAAGAUCAUGAUGAGCAGGUGAAGAAGGAAUCCUCAAGUUCUGAUUUUACUUGUGACUCCGAGGAUUUCGGUGCUUCAGAUGAUGAUAGCAAAUUUUAUGGUGCUGAUGAAGUUCGUGAAUCGUUGUCAGUGGAUGAUGCCAAAUCCAUUAGAGGUUCAGGUGAAAGAUCCACAAUGGUUAGAAAGAAAAAACAAUCAGUAAAUUCUGAGCUUCAGUCCCUUCUUGAGGCAGAUCCAAAUGCCACACUUGUAUCUGGGAAAAGGAAUGUUGAGAGGUUGGACUACAAGCAGCUGCAUGAUGAAACAUAUGGAAAUGUUCCUUCUGAUUCCAGUGGUGAUGAAGAUUGGACCGACGGAAAUGCAUCAAGAAAAGGGAAGAGCAAUGCUGUGGGAAAUUGUACCAUAUUACCAAAGAGAAAUUCUUCCACCUCCAUGAAUGGGACUAAACAUAUAAAGCAAAACUCACGAGAGACUGAAAAUACUCCAAAAGGAAAAACUUGCCAGAAGCUUGACAUUGAAGGUGCAAAUGAAUUAGUGCACCGUAAACAUAAAGAUAGUCCAGAGCCUUCGUCUUCUGGGAAAUUGGCUACUGCGUCACCAUCUAGACUUGGAAAAGCUGUAACUCAGAGGCUAUCUGUGUCAUUGAGGGAAAACCAGUAUCCAGAUCGAGCAACAAAAGAGAAAUUGGUGAAAGAACUAGGAAUCACGAUCCGGCAGGUUAGCAAGUGGUUUGAGAAUGCUCGUAGAAGUUUGCGCUUAUCAGCAAAUAUUGGAGUAAGCCAAGCUGAAACGACUUCCUCAAACAAGGAGAGCAUCCUGACUAAUUCCAACCAAAAGGAUCUAGAGCCUGAACCUGUUAAAGAUGCUGUGAAUAAUGUUGAAGAUAGAGGAUUUAGCAAAAUAGGGUCUGCUGAGGCAGUUGGUACAGAAUGUUGCAGUGGGAACGAGGAGAGAAGGAAAUCGACGACUGCAGAAAGCAGUCAAAGGAAACCAGCAACUCCACAGUCCAGAAAGAGGAAGGGUCCAAUGAACGAUGAAAAAUCAGAUGAGAGGAGUAUGGAGAAGCUGAAAAAGGGUACUCGUCAAGAAUCACCUAGAACUCAAACAACCUCAAUAAUUGAUCGGAAUCCAAAACCAGAACUGAAGCAGUCUGGGAUCCAGACUAGAAGUAGAAAAUCUACUGCAUGACCUAAAAUAACCCUUCCCCGGAGGGGGAUAUAAUUUGUUGGGGAACAGAUAGUCCUUGGAGAAGUAGCUGAUCCCGGACUCCUAUUUUGCAUGAUGGAGAUUUGCCUCUUUUUGAUGGGUUCUGUGCCUCCUUAAGAGUAGUCUCU